AAGAUUCAUAGCAAUACAUAUUUGUUCUAAAUCAACAAAGUUUGAGUUUUAUGCAAUUGAUUUUGGAGUGAACGUCCAAAUAUUCAAUCUUUGCCCUCCCUCUCAAACAAAGAGGUUAUCUUCUCUUUACAUGCCAUUCUCCUUCGGAAUCACAAGCGCAGGGAAAUGGGGGAUCUCUAUGCCCUGGAUUUCGAUGGGGUUCUAUGUGAUAGUUGCGGAGAAAGCUCCCUAUCUGCUCUCAAGGCGGCCAAAGUGAGAUGGCCCAGUCUGUUCGAGACUGUAGAUUCUUCGUUGGAAGGAUGGAUUGUUGAUCAGAUGCACAUUUUUCUGCGCAGUCUAGGACCUGUCUACUGGUUUUAUCCUGGAGUACCAGAUGCAUUGAAGUUUGCAAGUUCAAAGGUCUACAUUGUGACCACAAAACAGAGCCGCUUUGCAGAUGCACUACUUCGUGAGCUUGCUGGUGUAACUAUUUCCCCUGAUAGAAUUUACGGUCUAGGGACUGGGCCGAAAGUACAAGUGUUGAAGCAGCUUCAAGAAAUGCCAGAAAACAAGGGCCUAACCCUACACUUUGUCGAAGAUCGUCUUGCAACCUUGAAGAACGUGAUUGAAGAGCCCGAGUUAGAUGGAUGGAAUUUGUAUCUAGUGCGUUGGGGUUACAACACUCCGAAAGAGAGGGAAGAAGCUGCAACAAUUGCUAGAAUUCGCCUUCUCGAGCUCUCUGAUUUUAGCAACAAGUUGAAAUGACAACCUCAAUAUCACUUAUAUUAUUAUUUCAAGUUGUAUAUUUUUGUCCAUGCCAAUGCUGGUACUUUCUUGUGCUUUCCUCCGGUGUACAUUUAUGGAACAUAAUGAAAUAACAUAUGACUAUAAAU